CUCCUCUCUUCCCCCCCUCCCUCGCUGUGAAAAUGGCGCUGUCCAGGGUGUGCUGGGCACGGACUGCGCUUUGGGGUUCGGUCGUCACCCCUGGACCCUUUGUCACUCGGAGACUGCAACUUGGUCGCUCUGGCUUUGCUUGGGGAGCCCCUUGGUCGUCAAAGCUUCACCUUUCUCCAAAGGCAGAUGUGAAGAGUUUGAUCUCUUAUGUUGUGACCAAGACAAAAGCGAUUAAUGGGAAAUACCAUCGUUUCUUGAAUCGUCAUUUCCCCCGCUUCUAUAUCCUGUACACAAUCUUCAUGAAAGGCAGGAUUACAGAUGUUAUGGGCUGAUGCCAAAAAGGCUAGAAGAAUAAAGACAAAUAUGUGGAAGCACAAUAUAAAGUUUCAUCAACUUUCAUACCGGGAGAUGGAGCAUUUGAGACAGUUCCGCCGAGACAUCGCCAAGUGUCUUUUCCUAGGUAUCAUUUCCAUUCCACCCUUUGCCAACUACCUGGUCUUCUUGCUAAUGUACCUAUUUCCAAGGCAACUACUGAUUAAACAUUUCUGGACCCCAAAACAACAAACUGAUUUCUUAGAUAUCUAUCAUGGUCUCCGGAAGCAGUCCCACUCAGAAAUCCUUAGUAAUUUAGAGAGGGUCAUUCCUCUCAUUUCUGAUCCAGGACUUCGGUGGCAUCUGACAGACCUGUGCACCAAGAUACAGAAUGGUACCCACCCAGCCGUACAUGAAAUCCUGGCUCUCAGAGAAUGUUUCUGUAACCAUCCUCUGGGCAUGAACCAGCUCCAGACUUUGCAGAUGAAAGCCUUGAGUCGGGCCAUGCUUCUCACACCUCACCUGCCUCCUCCCUUUUUGAGGCAUCGUUUGAAGACUCAUACCACUGUUAUUCACCAGCUGGACAGGGCUUUGGCAAAGCUGGGGAUAGGCCAGCUGACUGCUCAGGAAGUAAAAUCGGCUUGUUAUCUUCGUGGCCUGAAUUCUACCCAUAUUGCAGAAGACAGGUGUCGAACUUGGCUGGGAGAAUGGCUACAAAUUUCCUGCAGCUUGAAAGAAGCUGAGCUGUCCCUCUUGCUGCACAACGUGGUCCUGCUUUCCACCAACUACCUUGGGACAAGGCGCUGAGAGAACUGUGGAGUGGAUGGCAUUGUCCUGCAGUCGCGUAGCAUAGCAGUGUGGGACCAAACAGCACUUGUCAGCAGAGUCUGUGCACUUCUCAGGUGUGUGGGAGGCAGAGGAGUGGGUGCAAUGGGCUUCACAGCACACUACCCAUGAGGGAACUGCAGUCAUUCCCCUUACAGCUUGAACUAAAACAAACCCUCUUUUCAGGGAUGGCCCAUGUGAAGUGUCCUCCCAUCUUCACAGUAAGCUGGAGCUGGCAGCAACCUCUUAACUAGUCUUUUCCUGUGUGUGUUAUGGUCAGGUCCUAUAAAGUCAGUUAUUGCCCCCAGUGGGAAUCAUUUGGCCUAAGAUUCAUCAACUGCCAUGUUCUCUACAGUUAUAUUCUAAAGAAUUUCUGAUUGGCACUUGGUAUGGUGGCAUGCGCCUCCCCGUGGCUUGGGAGGCUGAGGCAGGAGGAUCACAAGUUCAAGGCCAGCCUCAACAAGUUAGCAAGAACUUGUCUCA